AUGGCUCCCCUCCGCACUUUUCUCUGCCUGCUGGCAGCCUCCGCGCCAAUCUACGCCGAACACCUCAGGGUCGUCUGGUCUGCUGGUGACUUUUCCACCAUCUCUGGCCCAGCUGGGGGCAACACGAACGGGCACUAUUCCGGUUUUGCCAUCAUUAACGAUGCGGGUGAGGCCAUCUACGACCAAGGCUUCCCUGAUGACCACUCGCCCUGCUACAACACCGAUGACGGCCGCGAGUUUACUAUCGAGGGCGACUGCUGGAGCACUCCUCGCAAGUUCAAGUGCAAGGCUGACUUUGCAGGUCACCCUGAGACCUGCGAGGUGAAGGAUGGCAAUGGCAACAGCCUUGGUACUAGCAAUGGACAGACCGACACGACCUUUAUUGGUAUUGCUAUUGGCCAGGACUCCAGCUGCGUUGUCGAGUUCAAUUCUGACAGCGACGGUUGCCCAGUGGAUGACGGCAAUGGCCCCCUUCACGUUACUUCCGGUUAA